CCCUUUAGUGUGCACACACUGUUUGGGGCGAAAGCAUUUGUUGAUUUUGUUUACAAAUAUUAAUAAAAACAAGUUGUAAAAUGCAAGCUGAUAUUAAUAAUGUCUCCCGGGACUAUGCCCGGAUUCUGCAGAGCGCUGACCUGGAGAAGGAGAUAAACCCACUGUGCACGAAUAUAGAUGAUAUGAUGACCAGAUUGGAUGAGUUUGAAACUUUGCUGGCUUCGGUGCGCGCCGAGUCCAAUGGCAUGAUGGCCAACAAUGUGUGCAGUAUCCUGGGAUUUGGCGAAAGUUUCGAGCAGUUAAAAACCAGGAUCGAUGGUCUGGAGCACUUUGUGGGCGCUGUGAGUGCAAAUCUGUCAGAGGUCGAGCGAAACGUGGAUAUAGCUGAGGAGGAGCUCCAUGUCACGGACUACAGCCUCAAAGGCCUGCUCCUGAAACCCCUGAAAGCCAAGCUGAGUGCCAGCGAUCCCGCAACAUUCAGCUCUCUGCCGCGGUCCAACCUCAUCGAGGAGGAAUACCAACCUGUGGAGAUCUACAGAUCCGAUGAUUACUUUGGAAAAUCCCAGGAAGAAGGUGUAGAGGAGCAGGAACUUACUAGCUAGAUGGUUCAGGGUUUAGUAAGUAAUUUGUCAAGAAUAUAGUUGGUUAAUAUUUUUAAAUUGUAAUGUCAUGAUGUGCAACAGAAAAGUUUAGGCUCUGCCUGUAGAAAGUCCAAAUAUAUCUUUGUAAACUUGGCUAGGAAUAUUAUUUUUAUUUGAUUUUAUUUCCACUUAAUGCCAUCAAAACAUUACGUAUGCCUAGUUAUAUUUGGUUUGCAAUUAUAUUUAAUGUAUUUGCUAUAAUUACAAGUUACAGAAAGCAUGGAAAAAACCGAACCAAGCUA